AUGACAACUUUUACAAACUGUUUGCUUGCUUUUGUCAUCAUAGCAACAACUAUUAGCAUUAAAGGCCUGUGUGAUCCAAACUCGGAUGUAGUUUGCAUUGAAAGUGAGAGGCAAGCCCUCCUGAGGUUUAAGCAACAUCUUAAAGAUCCCUCGAAUAGGCUCUUGUCUUGGACCAUCCAAGAUGACUGCUGCAAAUGGGCUGGAGUUGUUUGCAACAACUUAACCGGUCAUGUCCAUGAGCUCCACCUUUGUGCCCCCCCUCCUCCUCCUCUUCGUCCUCCUCUAUAUGACGAGGAGGACUUAAAGUUGGGUGGUAACAUUGAUGCUUCUUUGAUAAACUUGAAGCAUCUGCGUUACCUGGACCUAAGCAACAAUGAGUUCGGAGGAAUUCGAAUUCCAGGAUUCAUUGGUUCUCUGAAAAGUUUAAGAUAUCUGAAUCUCUCUCUUGCAGGAUUUGACGGGGUGAUUCCACAUCAGCUUGGAAAUCUCUCCAGCUUGCGCUAUCUUAUUCUUGGAGAUAGCGAUUACUACUUCAAUCACAAUUCCUUGCGGAGUGGUGAGAAUCUUAAGUGGCUUUCUGGGCUUGCUUUGCUACAGCACCUGGACAUGAGUGGGGUGAACUUGAGCAGAACAUAUGACUGGCCGCAGGUGAUGAACUCCCUACCUUGUUUGGUUGAGUUACAUGUUUCCCUUUCUAGUCUUACUCACUUUGUUCCGCUCUCUCCCGUUAAUUUUACGUCUCUUAGAGUCCUUGAUAUUUCUGACAAUAGUCUUAGUUCUCUGUCACCUAUUGAUUGGUUGUUCAGUAUAAAAGGCCUCAUCUCUCUUAAUCUAGGUUACAAUAAUUUUCAAGGUCCAAUUCCAAGUGGUCUUCUUAACAUGUCUAGUACUCUUAUACAUCUCGAUCUGUCUUCCAAUGAUUUGAAUUCUACCAUACCCACUUGGUUGUACAGCUUUAAGCGUCUUGAGUCCCUUCACCUUGGUUUCAAUUCUCUGCAAGGUGUGAUCUCUAGUGACAUUGGAAAUAUGACUUCUCUCAUUGAUAUCGACCUAACAAACAAUCAACUUGAAGGGAAUUUACCAAGUGAAUUACAAAAUCUUUGUAACUUGAAGGCGAUUGGUUUGGGAGACAACAGAUUUCGUGGAGAUGUAUCACAAGUGUUUAAAAGUUUGUCCGUAUGUGCUAUAGAUGUUUUGGAGUCGUUAGAAUUACAUUUGAAUCAACUUUCUGGUCAUUUAACAGAUCACCUUGGAUACUUCAAAAGUUUGCGCUCUCUCGUUCUAUCGGGUAAUCUAAUUUCCGGUGCCAUUCCCGAAAAUCUUGGACGCCUUUCGAAGUUGGAAUUCCUUUGGAUCGGUGAUAAUUUGUUGGAAGGGGUUGUUUCUGAAGUUCACUUUGCUGGUCUUGCAAAUUUAAUACUCUUAUAUGCGUCUCAAAAUUCAUUGACUUUGCAGUUGAGUCCAAACUGGAUCCCACCCUUCCAACUUCAAGUAAUACAUUUGAGAUCUUUGCGUGUGGGGCCAGAAUUUCCCAUGUGGAUUGGAUCACAAAAAGAAAUUUCAAACUUGGACCUAUCCUCCGCUUGUAUAUCAGAUGAGAUUCCCUCUUGGUUUUGGAACCUGUCUUCCUCCGCCCAUUAUGUAGACCUUUCUCACAACCAAAUCCAUGGACACAUCCCAUACAUUCCAAAUUUUUAUCUUAACUUAAACUCCAACAAAUUUAGCGGUCCAUUACCCAUUGUCUCUCCUAAUGUAUAUGCGCUAGAUCUUUCCAACAAUUCAUUUUCAGGAGAUAUUUCUGACUUCCUGUGUCACUCCGGUCCACAUCAACUGGAAUUUCUUCAACUUGAUGAAAAUCUUUUGUCAGGAAAUAUUCCAGAAUGUUGGAUGAAUUGGCCGUCGUUAGAAUUCAUCAAUCUACAAAAUAACAAUUUCACUGGGACCAUUUCAAGCUCCAUGGGAUUUCUAAGUAGUCUAAAAUCAUUACACCUGCGCAACAAUAGCCUCUCUGGAGAACUACCUUUAUCUUUACAAAAUUGCACAAAUUUAUUGGCAAUCGACUUGGGAAAGAAUAAGUUUGCUGGAAGCAUACCAUCGUGGAUUGGGAAAAGGCUUUCAAAAUUGAUGGUUCUUGGACUUCGUUCAAAUAAAUUUUAUGGCAAAAUUCCUCAUGAAAUUUGUUACCUCACAUCUCUUCAAAUCUUGGAUCUUGCAUACAACAAUUUGUCUGGAGCAAUACCGCGGUGUAUCAACAAAUUCACUACCUUGGCACUGAAAGGGAACUUUACUGAUGAUGAUGGUCGUCUCAAUAUUUACUCCAAUUUUAGUGGACAGGUGACGGAGAAUGCAUUUGUAGUAACAAAAGGAAGAGAGAUUCAAUAUGACAUCAUUCUCAGAUUUGCAACCAGUAUGGACUUUUCAAGCAAUAACUUAUCCGGAGAAAUCCCCGAGGAGCUGACAAGUCUCUUGGUCUUGCAAUCACUGAAUUUAUCAGGAAAUCAUCUGACAGGCUUGAUUCCACGUAAGAUUGGUAAUAUGGUACAGUUAGAGUCUCUUGAUCUAUCAAGAAACCAACUUUCUGGUGAAAUCCCGUCAAGUAUGUCAGAUAUGACAUUUUUGAGUUACUUGAAUCUGUCAUAUAAUUACUUGUCAGGAAAAAUUCCAUCGAGUACUCAACUCCAGAGUUUCGAUGUUUCUAGCUUCAUUGGAAAUGACCUUUGUGGGCCUCCGGUCCCAAAAAAUUGCAGUGUGAAUGAAGUGAUUCCUAAGAUUCAAAAUGGACGAGGCAAAGGCAAUGACGCUGAAGUGAAUUGGUUUUAUUUGAGUUUGGCACUAGGAUUUGUAGUUGGUUUUUGGGGUGUCUGUGGUCCCUUAUUAUACAGCAAAUCGUGGAGAUUUUCCUAUUUUCAUUCUUUAGAUUGCAUGUGGUACAAAAUUACCGGUUGUAUUAGUAAUAAGAUGUAA